AUGGGGUUCUUCGCUCAGACAUGGACGUUGACGAAGAAGAAUCUCUUAAUUGUACUGGGUCGACACUGGUUUACUACGACUAUCCGCGCAUUUCUGGCACCGAUCAUCUUCUUCUUCAUCAUUUCAUAUUGUAAAAACUUCUUCGUACCACCCUCAGAUUUCGGCGUUGGUUCUCCAUCUACCCUCAGGACAUUCGAAGAAGCUCUCAAUGCAGGAACCACUGGACGCAGCACCGUAGCUUUCGUUGCGAAUGGCCAGGCCUCCGAAGUCACAAACAUAAUCGACCAGUUGUCAAACACCGUCAGAGCGAGCGGCAAAACUCCUGUAAAUCUAUCUAGCGAGGUUGAGCUCCUGCAAACAUGCAAAAGUUCCGUUCGCGGAGUUUCUGGUUGCUUUGCCGCAGUGAGCUUCCAUGGAUCUCCUAGUAAUGGUGGUGUGUGGAACUACACAAUCCGGACCGAUGGCUCCCUUGGUGGAAGAAUCUUUGUGAAUACCGGAAACAAUGAUGCAGAAAUCUAUGCUCUGCCACUUCAACAUGCAAUCGAUGCAGCUAUCGCCUCCUCAGAUGGCUCUUCGAUCCCUCUACCUCAGCAAUACCCUUAUACUGAUUCUACUCCUGAGGAGCGGGAGAGAAACAUCACACGACUAUAUAUGGGUACACUGAUCAGCAUUCUUGGUCUCGCAUACUUCAUCGGCUUUGUCGGUAUAUGUUAUCAACUCACUGGUGAGUCUCUAUCUCCCCCUUCCACAAAGAUGCAAAGCGUUGUGUGCAUUAUAAAGAAACACAGUUGUUCUCGAGGAAAGAGAUUCAUCCAAAGAGAGCCGACAAAAAUUUGUCUCUUAGUGUGA